CAGCCCUAACCCAGCCCAGCGGAGAGGGCGAGCCUGGGAGGGCGCGCUCUGCUGGGCUCCUCAGCCGCUGAGAACUCACCGGGCACUCACAGGAGAAGUUUCCAUCCUCUCUCCUGCCCUGAAUGUUUUCCCCAACAUGGAGGCAAUAAGUUUAUUCAUCUUGGUGGGAUUUAUAGGAGAGUUCCCAGUUUUUUCAAGCCCCGCCAGUCCGGUCAACUGCCAGUGGGAUUCCUUUGGCCCUUGGUCAGAAUGCAACGGUUGUACGAAGUCUCAGACUCGCAGGCGGACCAUUGCGGUUUACGCGCAGUUUGGCGGCCAGCCUUGUGCCGGAAGUGCUUUCGAGACCCAGGCGUGUGAGCCCACCCGAGGGUGCCCCGCAGAGGAGGGGUGCGGAGAGCGCUUCCGGUGCUUUUCAGGGCAGUGCAUCAGCAAAUCCCUGGUGUGCAAUGGUGAUUCCGACUGUGACGAAGACAGCGCUGAUGAAGACAAGUGCGAGAACACGGAGAGCAGACAUUCCUGUGACCUCGAUAAACCUCCUCCCAACAUCGAACUUACCGGAAAAGGUUACAACGCCCUCACCGGCCAGGUCAGGAACAGAGUCCUCAACACAAAGAGUUUCGGCGGCCAGUGCAGAAAGGUGUUUAGUGGGGAUGGAAGAGAUUACUACAGACUGAGUGGGAACAUCCUCUCCUACACAUUCCAGGUGAAAAUAAAUAAUGACUUUAAUUAUGAGUUUUACAACAGUAGCUGGUCUUAUGUAAAAGAAACAUCAACAAGCCAUUCAUCAUCUGAAAGAAAAACAGCCUUUUUUGGACUUUCAAAAAGUUCUUCUGUUUCUUCUGCUUCUAGUCGAAAUUACUAUGAAAACCAGAGGAAAAAGAGUUAUCAGUUGCUGGUUCUCCAGAACACUGUGGAGGUGGCUCAGUUCAUCAACAACAACCCAGAAUUUCUACAGCUCGCGGAGCCCUUCUGGAGGGAGCUCGCCCACCUCCCCUCUCUGUACGACUACAGCGCCUACCGGAAGUUGAUCGACAACUACGGGACCCAUUUUCUGCAGUCGGGAUCCUUAGGAGGAGAGUACAAGGUUCUAUUUUAUGUGGACACAGAGAAGAUGAAACAAAUGGGUCAUAGUUCAAUAAGUACGAGUAGCUGUCGUUCCAAAAGUAUCAAUAUCCUGCUUUCAUAUUCUUCAAACAAAUGCAAGGAGCUGAACGAUGCCUUAAAAAGAGCUGCAGGAACCUCGAGCAAUAAGCUGCAAGGGACGCCCUUUGUCAGAGGGGGCAGUUCAGGCUUCGUGUCCGGCCUCAGCUACCUGGAGCUGGAGAACCCAGCCGGAAACCAAGAGCGGUACUCUUCCUGGGCAGCCUCUGUGACUCAGCUCCCCCAGGUCAUAAAGCAGAAGGUGACACCUUUGUAUGAGCUGGUCAAGGAAGUGCCCUGUGCCUCGGUGAAGAGACUCUACCUGAGACGGGCCCUGGAGGAGUACCUGGAUGAAUCGGACCCCUGCCAUUGCCGGCCUUGUCAAAACGGCGGCCUAGCCACCGUGGAGGGGACCCAGUGUCAGUGCUCUUGCAAACCGUACACGUUUGGCGCCGCGUGUGAGCUAGGGGUCCUCGUGCAGGGCGAAGCAGGGAAGGUGGAUGGAGGUUGGAACUGCUGGUCCUCUUGGAGCUCCUGUGUUGCAGGGAAGAAAACGAGGCGUCGAGAAUGCAAUAACCCGUCUCCCAGAGGGGGCGGGCUCUCCUGCAUCGGGGAAACGUCGGAGAGCAGGCGGUGCGGGGAGGAAGACGAGGAGCUGAGGAAUCUGCGGUUGCUUGAACCACAUUGCUUUCCUUUGCCUUCCGGUUCAACAGAAUCCUGUCCACCACCCCCCGCCUUGAACCACGGAUUUGUUCAAGGUGAAGAUACCAAAUUUCCUGUUGGGAAAAACAUCGUGUACACCUGCAACGAGGGAUACUCUCUUGUGGGAAACCCUGUUGCCAGAUGUGGAGAUGAUUUGCAGUGGCUUGUUGGGGAAAUGCAUUGUCAGGAAAUGGCCUGUGUUCUCCCUGCACUGAGGGAUGGCCUUCAGAGUCAGCCCCAGCAGCCUUCCUACACCAUCGGCGAUAAGGUGACCUUUUCCUGUUCAGACGGCAUGUCCUUGGAAGGGCCUUCGACAGUUCUCUGUGGAUCCAGCCUCAAGUGGAACCCGGAGAUAAAGGACAUCCGUUGUGUGCACAAAGAUGCUGCCCCUUUGACAUCGGCAGCACCUGUAUGUCAGCCCUGGGAGAAAGUGAAGAAUUCAAGAUGUGUUUGUAAACUGCCCAAUGAAUGUCGGUCUUCCUUGGAGGUGUGUGCUCGGGACGAGAGGAGGGGCCGGGUGCUGCCCCUGACGGUGUGCAAGCUGCGAGCUGUGCGCUGCCAGGGCCUGCAGUUCACGCUGACGGGCGCAGACACCUGCAGACACCCUGCCUCGGCCACGAAAGCAUGCGGCGCGUGCCCACUGUGGGAAAAAUGUGACGACCAGGGCACCAACUGUGUCUGCAGAGAGGCCUCGGAGUGCGAGGAGCAAGGCAUCAGCGUCUGCGCGGAGGUGAACGGCGAGCAGAGGACGAUGACGGAGUGUGAGGCCGGCGCUCUGAGGUGUCAAGGGCAGAACGUCUCGGUCACCAGCAUAGAGCCUUGUGAGGGGGACGCCCAGUAGGCUCCUGGCCGCCGGGGGGCUUGCUGGGAAUCCGGCAGAGGCUGUGGCCCGUGGGGACGUCCCACAACUGAGCCCUUCACCAUCCCCAGCGGGGGGCGCAUUCUGUCUCCUUCCCUCCAGGGCCCCUGCGCCCUCAGCCCCCAGCUGCCCGCGGAAGCCAGACCUUCAUCCGAUAGAUACUCUUUUUCCUU